AUGCUAUCGAAAGCUAAACCUAAUCAGAUCGGGCUUCUUAAAAAGCCAGAUGUUCAAGACAAGUACUUCACUCAUUUAGAUAUGAAGAUUGCAAUUCUUUUAUCCGUCUUUGUAGCAGUGGUUGUAGCAAGACCCGAAGAAGAUUUAUACAGCAAAUAUGAGUACUUUGACGUUAAAGAAGUUAUAACAAACCAACGACUGCUUAAAGCAUAUUCGCAUUGUUUCCUAGGUAAAGAGAAAUGUACGUCAGAAGGAAAGGAUUUUAAAAAAUUGAUACCAGAGGCGGUACGAACCGAAUGCGUUAAAUGUUCAGAAAAACAGAAGUCGCUACUUGCCCAAGUAAUUAAAGCCGUUGUAGAGCAACUGCCUGUUGAAUGGGAAGAAUUGUCUAAAGAAUACAACCCUAAUGGAGUUUACACGGUAUCACUCAAUCAGUUCCUGGAAAAAUACGCAAACAAUUGA